AUGACAAAGCGACCACCGUCGCGGGUGUGGUGCGUACAAGGUACCCCCGCCCCACACCGAAAUCCGUGUGGUCGCCUGUGGGCCACCUCACAGAGCAACCUCGACCCCAGCGUUAGGAAGAGCCCAACAAACGCUACGGCCUUCGACGUUACCGAGCCCGCGUCCAAGACUCCGAACUUGACUCCCGUGGUCCGGCAAGAGGUGAUGGUAGACCCUCCCACGUCUCGCGAGCUGAAGUACGAGUGCAUCAGCGAAUCACCGGCAUACAAAGGGUGGAGGAGUAUUCUCCGACGGAGAAUCCGGGGGCCGCAGGGCAAGAUUCGAUCGUAUGACGUCAUCACCCAGGAGCACCCGUCCGUUCUCGUCUUCACAUGGGAUACUCAGACCAAUACGACGACGAUAUUAAAGGAGUAUUACCCGGGGAUGAACCGCCUCAUGUACGGCGUCGUGGGCGGCAACUACGAGGCGGAUAAGCACACGUCGGCGUUACAGGCCGCCGCCUGCGAGCUGGAGGAGGAGGCGCAUCUCCACGAGGGCACAUGGUACGCCCUGAUGAAGGACGAGAGGACGGUGGCCGGGGCGGGCAAGUACUCGACGCAGGUAUUCUACUCGUACCUCGUCGUCGACCCCGUGGUGAAGGGCACGCCGAGAGGGCUCGACGACGGGGAGUUCAUCGAGUACAUCCGAGGCGUUUCCCUGGAAGAGGUGCGCGCGAUGAUCCACUCGGGGGACAUGAGCGUAACUUCCGGGUUUGCGGCUCUCAUGGCCAUCGAGAAGCUGCGGGAGCUGGGACACAUUAUGUGA